GGCCGCGAGUGUGACCGGCAGAGGGCAGGUCCCGGUCGCGCACGCUCCUCUGGGGGCCGCGCCCGCUCCUCUGGGGGUCGCACUUGCUCCUCUGGCGGUCCUGCCCCUCAGCCAGUCGUGCCGUCGGCCGGUCCUCAGCGGGUGCUGCCGACAGCCGCUCUGUUGCUGGUCCUGCCGACAGCCACUGCGACCUUGCGGCCGAUCCUGUGCAGGUCCCACCCGUGCCUCUGCAAGUCGCGCCCGCUCCUCUGCCGGCCCAGCCGGCUAUUCUGGCCAUCCAUCCAGCCGACGGCCGCUCUGUUGCUGGUCCUGCCAACGGCCACUGCGACCCGCGGCCGAUCCUGUGCAGGUCCCACCCGUGCCUCUGCCAGUCGCGCCCGCUCCUCUGCCGGCCCAGCCGGCUAUUCUGGCCGUCCAGCCCGCACCUGCUCCUCUGCUGGUAGCGCCCAUGCCUCUGGGGGUCGCACUUGCUCCUCUGGCGGUCCUGCCCCUCAGCCAGUCGUGCCGUCGGCCGGUCCUCAGCGGGUGCUGCCGACGGCCGCUCUGUUGCUGGUCCUGCCGACAGCCACUGCGACCCGCGGCCGAUCCUGUGCAGGUCCCACCCGUGCCUCUGCCAGUCGCGCCCGCUCCUCUGCCGGCCCAGCCGGCUAUUCUGGCCGUUCAGCCCGCACCUGCUCCUCUGCUGGUAGCGCCCAUGCCUCUGGCGGCCCCGCCCCUCCGCCGUUUCUGCUGAUGGCCGGACCGUUGCCGGUUAUCUUCCCACCUGCUCCACAGCAAGUCCCGCCAUGGACCGCUAAUCAGCAGGUCUUAACGUGGCCCGGUCCUCUGCCGGUUCCACCGUGGGCUGCUCCGGCCACUUCCGGCCACAUCCUCUGUACUUCAGUAGCUCAACCUUCCUCUCCACAAGUGCAGCCAGCACGUGCGUCCCUCAAGCGCCGUGCUGCUGUUAUGUCACAGCCACACACAUUUGAUGAGGGGGAGGUUGAAGCGAAAAAAGCCAGAAUGACAAUUAAAGGCAAUUCUGUAGCUCUGCCUUCAACCUCAGUCUCAGAGCAAAAGAAGAAGAAAAAAAGAGAAAAGAGAAGGCAGCAAAGAAAGAGAAGACAGGCGGCAAAGUCUAUAGCUCAACCUUCCUCUCCACAAGUGCAGCCAGCACCAGCAUGUGCGCCCCACAAGCGCCAUACUGAUGCUAUGUCGCAGGAGAUACAGACUAGAAAAAGGGCGAGAACUUUGCAUCCAGCUCAACCUUCAUGUGCUGUGCUGUCCAGACCAGGGCCUUCAUCUGUUCUUUCAGAGGUUCAGCUCAGCCUGAGCCUGUGUCCACGGCUGCACCUCUGCCAGUCCCGCCCUUGGCCGGCCCUCUGCCGGUCACACCCGCGGCUCGCAGCUGCUCCUCUGCAGGUCCCGGUCGCGCCCGCUCCUCUGGGGGUCCCGCCCGCUACUCUGCCAGUCCGGCCCGCGCCCGCACCUCUGGCAGUCGCGCCCCUCAGCCGGUCAUGCAGCCGUCGGCCGGUCCUCAGCGGGUGCAGCCGUCGGCCGGUCCUCAGCGGGUGCAGCCGUCGGCCGCUCCGUUGCCGGUCUUGCCGACGGCCACUGCUAAGCCGGUCCAGCACUUGGCCGGUCCUGAGCUGGUAUGGUCCUCAGAGGAUAUCUGUUCAGCUCAGCCUGAGCUUCCCCUCUGCCCAUGGACGCACCUUUGCCAGUACCGCCCGCAGGUCCCAGUCGUACCCGCUCCUCUGGUGGUCCCGCCCCUCAGCCAGUCGUGCCGUCAGCCGGUCCUUUGCUGGUCCUGCCGACGGCCGCUCCGUUGCCGGUCCUGCAACAAUGUUUUUUGACAAAUAAAAUCCACUAAUAUGAGAUCACUUAGUAUGGUCAGCUGCUGGUUUGUGUCCUGUUUUACACUGCCUCAUACAACUUUAAAGCUUUAAAAUGCAUCACACUGUGUAGUAUGUAAAUUUAUAGGGAUGGUUUCUCAGACAGGGAUUAGACUAGUUCUAGACUAAAAAAAAUUAAGAGCUGUCCAUA